UUGCACGCGAUGGGCGAUUUCAACCUCGCUCUCGUUAUUGUCGCGAUCGUUGUUUGCGUCAUUGUCUUCAUCUCCAGCAUCUACCUCCUCGUCAACUAUCAGCAUCCAGAUGAUGCAAACCAGGCGUAUUUCCCCAAGUUCGUCGUCGUUUUUGGCUUAUCCAUUGCCAUGAUCUCCAUUCUCAUGUUGCCGGCAGAUGUGGCGAACCGGCAUGCUUGUCGACAUUCGAUUUACAACGGUGCCUGCAAUCUCACCUUACCCAUGAAGGAUCUGUGGCUUGCCGUUUACAUUGUUGACGCUGUGCUCGUGUUCUUCAUCAUCCCCUUCGCCAUGUUCUUCUAUGAAGGCGACCAAGACAAGACUCUUGGGAAGAGGAUCAAAAGUGCUUUGAUUUGGGUGGUUACUACAGCUGUUGUUUGUGCUCUGGUGCUUGGAAUAUUAUACGGAGUCAUUGGGAAGGUGGACUUCUCUGUCAGGCACUUGUCGUCUGCCACAACGUCUUUCCCUACUUCAUGGCAGUUUUCAAAUAAUCAGCCUUGCAUCGGUAACACUGCUCGUCAGUGCUCAGCAUAUACAGCUAAUGCCGCGUCUGAGAAGACGUGGACCAUGCGGACAACGUUUCCAGAAUAUGUUGUUGCUCUUGCUACAAUCGUUGGAUCAGUGCUUUUCACGAUAUUUGGUGGUGUUGGUAUUGCUUGUCUACCCUUGGGACUUAUCACUGCGUUCAUCAGGCGACCAAAGGCUGUUAUCACUCGGUCACAGUAUAUAAAGGAAGCAACUGAACUAGGUAAAAAGGCAAGAGAACUAAAGAAAGCAGCCGAUGCACUUCAUCAGGAAGAAAGAAGUGGUGCUAAGGGCAGAAAGUGGAGGAAAAAUGUGAAAGCAGUUGAAAAGGAGUUGCUCCAAUUGGAAGAAGAUGUGAACCUCUUAGAAGAGAUGUACCCUCAAGGAGAAAAGGCAGAAACAGCUUGGGCUUUCACCGUCCUUGGAUACUUGGCCAAGUUUAUUCUUGGAAUCUUAGGAUUGAUCGUUUCUGUGGCUUGGAUUGCACACAUCAUCAUAUAUCUGCUUGUUGACCCUCCACUCUCCCCUUUUCUUAAUGAGGUUUUCAUCAAACUGGAUGAUGUCUGGGGUCUUCUUGGCACCGCUGCCUUUGCUUUCUUCUGUUUCUACCUGCUACUUGCUGUAAUUGCCGGGGCAAUGAUGCUUGGUUUGAAGCUUGUCUUCAUUACCAUUCAUCCAAUGAAUGUGAUUCAAUUCUGUGCAACUGCAUUUGGAUAUUAUGCUCAAGCCACAGCCGCUCAGGAGAUAUUUGGACACACUUUGCAGUCUCUUCGCGGAAUCAAGUACCUAUACAAGUACAACGUUUUCCAAAUCGGUUUUGUUGUCCUGGCUGGACUAACCUUUUUAUAUUACAUCGCCUUUGGAUGGAGAAGAAAAAAACCGAGCGGUAGAUUCCAGCUCUCGACCUAG